UUACAAUCCAUUUUCUACGCAUUGGAAUCUGUUUCACAAUUACACAUAAUCUUUGAUCGGGGUGUCAGUUUUCUUUGUGGGAAUUUACUUGGACACUUUUCUCUGGUGAGCAACAACCGCUUUGAAUCACAGCAUCUUGCACUUUGAGCUAUGGCCUCAACCCUGGAAAAUGAAGCUCAUUCCCCCAAAAAUAUGUUCAUUCUAUCUGGCCAAAGUAACAUGGCUGGUCGUGGUGGAGUAGACAAGCAUAAGCAUUGGGAUGGCGUCGUACCAAACGAGUGCUCUCCCGAUGCUUCUACAAUCUUCCGUCUUAGCGCAGAUCUCCACUGGGAGGUUGCACGUGAGCCGCUCCACCAUGAUAUUGACGCCAAGAAGACAUGUGGUGUUGGACCUGGAAUGUCAUUUGCAAACGCGAUCAAGGACCGAGUAGAAGCUAUUGGGUUAGUGCCAUGUGCUGUAGGUGGAACUGCGAUAAAGGAGUGGGCGCAGGGGGAACAUUUGUAUGAAAAUAUGGUCAGGAGAGCUAGAGUUUCCAUGCAUCAUGGAGGAGAAAUGAAGGCAUUGCUGUGGUAUCAAGGAGAGAGUGAUACAUUAUCUCAGCAUUGCGCUGAGACCUAUAAGGCUAGUAUGGAGAAGUUAAUACAUAAUGUUCGUGCUGAUUUGCAUCUUCCAUCUCUACCAAUUAUUCAGGUUGCAAUUGCAUCAGGAGAUGAGAAGUAUAUCGAAAAGAUAAGAGAAGCGCAAAAGGGGAUUGACCUCCCAAAUGUUGUAUGUGUUGAUGCCAUGGGAGUGCAGCUUAAGGAAGAUAACCUUCAUUUAACCACCGAGGCCCAAGUUAAAUUAGGCCAAAUGUUGGCCGAUGCAUACUUUACUCAUUUUGCAGCACAACCUUCUGUGGCUUCAUCUUGAGAAAUUUGAUGUACUAUUUAAGCUAAAAGACAUUUAAUCCUGACUCAUGAACACUAAUAAGGAUAAUAAAACUAACCUCUCCCAAGAAGCUUCUUGCAGACCAA